AUGGCGAUCUCCCGCUUGCCGUCGGAGGGGUUUCUGGAAGGUGGGUUUUCGCCGGUGACGACGAGGGUUGUCGGGCUUCCGUUCGGUACUCGUUCGCGGGGAUUGGUGAUUUUGAUCUGGUUGGAACUGAAAGAGAUGGGAAUCAUGGAUGGAGAUGGUUAUGCAUUCUCUUAUAGGUCGAUCGUUCCUUAUUCUGUCCGUGUUAUUGGUGAUAGAGGAAGUGACAUGCCUUGGAUUGCUGGCUACAGCGGACCUUGGUUUUUCUGCGAUGGAUAUUCUCGCAAGAACGAGUUCUGCAUGGAUAUUAAGACAGCAAGGAGUACUGUGGGUUGGACACAUAAAUCAGCUGCUCACUAUAAUCGGCUUCGAACAGCACCAACAAGCCCCAGAGUUUGCACUUUCUGGUCAGAAGGGAGGUGCAAGCGGAAUCCCUGCAGGUUUUUGCACGACGCAUCUCUUCCACGCAAUGUUUACCACCGAGCUGCAAAGCUGUCGAGGCCUGAGGAUUGCCCUGGGAAGGGCCCUGAAUCUAGUGCGGUGAAUUCAGCGAAUUCAUCUUCUAGAAAGAGAAGCGAUUCAUCAAUAGAAAAAAACCCUCGAACGCCCCAAGAAAAAGUUUGCCGCUACUGGAUAUCGGGCAAUUGUGUGAAGGGCGAUGCAUGUCCUUUCUUGCAUUCAUGGUUUCAAGGUGUUGAUUUUGCCAUGCUGGCUAAGCUUGAGGGGCAUAAAAGGUACUAUUUACAGUUUUUGCCUUUUGUGUUCUCUCUUAUAUCCAAGACUAUGGAUAGAGAAAACUUGGUUGCAUCGAAUGGUGUUUCUGGAAUAGCACUUCCUUCUGGAUCUACCAAGCUAUACUCUGGAAGCAAAGAUGGAACAGUACGAAUCUGGGACUGUCACACUGGUCAAUGUGUUCAUGUGAUCAACCUCAGGGGAGAAGUUGGGUGUUUCACUUGUGAAGGUCCUUGGGUGUUUGUCGGCAUGCCUAAUACAGUUAAGGCAUGGAAUAUCCAGAAUGGUGCUAGUCACGAUAUCAGUGGACUAGUUGGACAGGUCCACACUAUGGAAGUUGGUAAUAACAUGCUUUUUGCCGGAGCUGAGGAUGGCACUAUCUUGGUGUGGAAAGGAGGUAGUGAGGCUGAUCCUUUUCAGAUGGCCGCACCACUCAGGGGUCACACUCGGGGCGUGGUGUCAUUAACUGUUGGGCGUGACCGGUUGUAUUCAGGUUCCACUGACAGGACCAUAAGGGUGUGGGACUUGCAUACUCUGGAGUGUGUUCAGGAGCUUGUUGGACACACUGAUGUGGUGAUGUCACUUCUUUGCUGGGACCAGUACUUGAUAUCAUGUUCAUUGGAUCAGACAGUUAAGGUCUGGGGUGCCACUGAAGGAGGCAGCUUGGAAGUUGUGUAUACACAUCAUGAGGACCAUGGUAUUCUUGCACUGUCAGGGAUGAAUGAUGCGGGUGGUAAGCCAGUCCUCCUUUGUGCAUGCAUCGACAACACUGUUCGCUUGUAUGAGCUCCCAUCGUUCACUGAAAGGGGCAAGAUAUUCUCAAGACGAGAAAUUAGGACUCUUCAAACAGCUCCUGGGGGUCUUUUCUUCACGGGAGACGCCACGGGGAUGCUGACUGUUUGGAACUGGUUGGAUCUUCCAAAGAGCCAACAAGAGCGGCUUCCUCAUUUGAUGGAGUCAUGCUAAGUAGAAGAGAGAAUAUUGACAUCGGAGUUCAAAUUUUGCAAGGAAGACGAUGUCAUCCAUGCCCUGACGCAAGUGGGAUGUGAUUUGAAGCAAGAAACGGGACCUACAACUGUCUGCACCGCAAUCCCAGUUUUUGGUCUCCGUUGUUUUUGUAUAGACAUUAGUUUUUUGUACAUC